AUGAGGCCCAUUCUUCUUGCCGGGCACGAGCGUGCGCUCACCCAAAUUAGAUUCAACAAAGAUGGCGAUCUCAUCUUCUCCGUCGCAAAGGAUCAGCAAAUCUGCGCCUGGUUCUCCCACAACGGCGAGCGACUUGGAACCUACCACGGCCACGUAGGUGCCAUCUGGACAGUCGAUGUUAACCCCACCUCAACCAUGAUCGCAUCCGGUUCUGCCGACAACACCAUCCGUCUCUGGGAAGUCAAGACUGGCCGCCUCAUCAAGACCUGGGAGUUCCCCACCGCCGUCAAGCGAGUCGAGUUCAACGAAGAUGCCACCAAGUUGCUGGGAGUUACCGAGAAGCGAAUGGGUUACCUCUCCAACAUCGUCGUCAUCGACAUCAACCCCGAUCUCAACGCUGAGCAGACCGACGAGAAGGCUCUCACUAUUGUCUGCGACGAGAGCAAGGCCACCGUUGCUGGCUGGAGUGCUCUUAGCAAGUACAUCAUCGCCGGUCACGAGGAUGGUAGCGUAAGCCGAUACGACGCCAAGACCGGUGAUCUUCUCGACAACGUUCCCGUCCAUGAACUCAAUCAGCCCAUUGUCGAUCUUCAGUGGUCUCCCGACCGUACCUACUUUAUCACCGCAUGCAAGGACAAGACUGCCAAGCUCAUCUCUGCCCGCGAUCUCGAGGUCCUCAAGACCUAUACAGCCGACACACCCCUUAACAGUGCCACUAUCACCCCCAAAAAGGAAUUCGUCAUCCUCGGUGGUGGUCAGGCCGCUAUGGAUGUUACCCGAACUUCUGCCCGUCAGGGUAAGUUCGAGGCUCGUUUCUACCACAAGAUCUUUGAGGACGAGAUUGGUCGUGUGCGAGGUCACUUCGGUCCUCUUAACACUGUCGCUGCCGAUCCCACAGGCAAGAGCUACGCCAGCGGCGGAGAGGACGGAUACGUGCGAGUUCACCACUUCGACAAGGGCUACUUCGACUUCAACUACGAGGUUGAGAGGGAACGAAUCAACCGAAUGCAGUAG